CAUCUGUAACACAAGGAUGGGAAAUUGAUUUAGUUCAUAUGGAAUAGAGCUGUAGUUUAGUGGUUGAAAUGCUUGCCUUCCAAUUCCAGAGUCCUGGCAUCAAAUUCUGUAAUUGUAAUCACUAUCAGGAUUUUUUUUUCUUGGCCAAAAACAGCUCCGACGACUGGUCGUCCUGUGGAUUACUUCGUCCUCAAACGUAUCUAAAAUCAGGAGAUACUAACAUAAUUUGAUAACACAAAAAUUUGUAAACAAAAUAAUUUGACUUAUUUGUUUUGAAAAAUGCCAAAAAAAAGUAAAUUAAAAAAUACAUAUCUUGUUUGUAAUAAAAACGUGUAAAAAGGUUUGUAACACAAAUAUCAACAAAAAAAGAAAUGUCACAAUAUAAUACAUUUAACCCAGCUGUAUCAAUGGAUACCACUGGAGGCACCUGCGGUGGACCAGCGUCCCAUUAAAUCUCAUCCGCUUCACGCAACAGACACUGAGGAUAAGAUACAACUAUGAGCUCUAUAGUGGUUCGGCAAAAAUUUACUUUUUUGUACUAAUUUUUAUAGGCCUACGUUAUAAUUGUGACAUUAUUUUAUUUAGCCUAAAGAGUGGGUUAACCUACGGUACCUUCUCAAAGGGCUGAAAGAAACGCGUUAAUAUGACGAAAUGUGUACUCGUACUUUUCUGUACGUGUCCUACUGUUUAAUGAACUAAAUAGGAUGCAAGUGAUACAACUGAUAGGGCCUAGAUUUAUAUCCUACAUAGCGGCCUGUUUGAACCUGGACAUUAUAACCAGACGUACCGUACCCCCAACAAAGCCCUUAAGUUACCAAUGACGACUUUUUUUUUUUUUUUUUUUUUUUUUUUUUGGAACUAAAUACCAGUUUCCACUAAACUGAACAAACUCUUCUUUACCGAUAAGAAGAAAGCAUGUUUUAGUGGAGAUGUUGUAUCAACAUGUUAGAUUUAAAUAUUUUUAUACAGUAGGCCUAUUAUGGAAUUUAUUAUUGUAAUACAAAGUUUAUUUGAAGAUUUACACGCGUUUAUAAUGUAGCCAUGAUAUGUAUUUAAAAUACUAAAAAUACUUAUUAUGUUAAGUAUUUUCGAUUUAUAAGCAAAUAUGCUACUUCUCAGUAAACGGAUUAAAGGAAUAACUUUUAUCGUAUAUGUCAACCACGUUAUUUCAAAUAUAAAAGAACAAAUGAAACCGGGGGGGGGGGCAAGGAAAGCAAUCAUCAAAUUACCUGACCGUACAAGCAAAUAAAGACUAAAAAUUCCAUGGAAUACAUAGGUGCAGUUAUCUUACGCUGGGUUGUGAAAAGCAUCACGCAAAAGUUUAGGCCUGAAGUAAUAGGUAAGAGGAAAUAACCAAGAAUGGAUUUGCGUGCCUGGAAUUAUGAAUUUCAAUCAACAUAGGUCCUGCAUGAAGUUUCUCAUUAUAACCAUAGUAAUAUGACUUCUACAUAUACACUCCCAUUCCAUUGAAUGACCUAUAAUAUUAUAUAAAGUGUUUAUUUUGCCGACUAAAUUUCGAAUUUGCCUAUACUUAAGGUUAGUGUUGGAGUACGCCUUUACCAAUUAUCAUUAUAACUGUUAGGCCUAGGCUAUUACAAAAUUAUUCACAUGGGAAGAAUUUUAUUACAAAAUUGGCAUUCAUCAUAUUUAAUCACCCAAUUUUGAUGGACCAUUCACUUAUUAUAUCAGUGCUUUACAAAAUUGCAUAAUAAAAUCGGUAGGAUAUAGAACAAUAUAAAAUUGAGUUUCAAUAAUAUUAGCAAUUACAACUAUCGCAGGGUAGUGCAGCUGAUACAAACGCUCAUCAAAUAACAAUAGGCCUAUAAAUAAAUAAAUUGACCGUAUUAAACCACAAAAAAAAAAACCCUCAAUGAAGAAUAUAUAUGACGAAUAUAGAAUAAGCUAUAGCAAUGUUUUAGUUUUACCUUAAUAUUUAGACCUACAUGUAAAAUUCAGUUUCGACUGCAUUCCUCAUCUUAUAUUUUCAUGCAAACAUUUAACCAAACUUUUCAAUUACUGGCUCCCAAAAUGUCUUUCAAUAAAAAAUAAUUUGUUUUGUAUUUACAAAGAAGGUAUUUUUUUUUCUAAAAGACUAAAUCAUAAAUUGUCUAUCACUGCUUUCUCAAUUCAGAAUGUUUUUUUUUAAUCAAUAAUUUUUAUUGUAGGUACUUUUAUAUUAUAUUUGUAUGAUUUUGUACUUUUAUUAUUGUCAUUUUAAAGAGGGCCCCCGGAUAUCAGCUGGCCUUUGGGUUCAACUGGUUACCGUACCCUCUUAAAAGAAAGUUGAAAUUAAUAAAUAAAAUAAACAUAAUCUUCAAAAUAAUGCCAUAAGCUUUGUCCGAACUAUCAAUUUUUUUGGACAAAAAACUGUUGUAUGCCCAUAUAUAGUCAUGGUGUGCCUAUAUAUGGUCAUGAUGUGCCUAUAUAUGGUCACGAUGUGAUGUCAUAAUGACCAUAUGGGCAUGUUACAUUUUUGUCAAAUAAAAUUAAAUAGUCUAAACUGGGCUUUUGAACGUAAUCUACUACAACAUCCCUAUAAGAUCAUGAACCUACUAUCUUUACGUUUUGACUUAGCAUACAAUUGAAUUAUUGAGAUUAAUAUAAACGUCACAAUAUUUGACUGGUGUACACUGUCCACAAACGAAAAAGCGCAUUCAGCCAAUCGGUUUCACGCAUCAUAUGUAACUAGACCCUCGCACCGUAAUCAUACUGUCUUCUCAAGGAUCGGUACCAUUAUACUUUACUCGGCCUGGAAUUAAUACUAUAAUGUCGGAACUCGUUACUGAUUCGGCUGCUGUCGAAUCCAGCACACAGCAAGUACACCUUACACCAGCAUUACAACAUUCAGAAGGAAAUCAUGAAGGAAAAAACUCGACAACACCUUGUAUUUUGAAAACCGAAGAAGAUUCGAAACUUGACGAUGAGCCGAUUGUCUACACACGACGAUGGUUUAUGCUAACUAUAUUUUGUUUAGUUUCUAUGACGAAUGCGGUUCAGUGGAUACAGUAUGCAUCGAUAUCAAACGUGGUAGCUGACUAUUAUGAUGUUUCUUCCUUGGCUGUGGACUGGCUUUCCAUGAUUUUCAUGUUAUUGUAUAUACCGUUAAUUUUUCCCGUCACGUGGUUGUUAGACAAGCGAGGGUUAAAAGUUAUCGGACUUCUUGGUAGCAGUUUAAAUUGUUUGGGAGGAUGGCUUCGGUUCGCCGGCGCAAAACCGAGCACGUUCGCACUUGCGUUUGUAGGGCAAUCAGUAUGCUCAGUUGCACAGGUGUUUAUACUCGGUAUGCCAGCUCACGUAGCAGCUACUUGGUUCGGAGGUGAUCAAGUGUCCACUGCUUGUGCCAUUGGUGUUUUUGGAAACCAGGUUGGUGUUGCUUUAGGCUUUGUGCUACCACCGUAUCUAGUACCCAAUGACGAGAAUGUAGAAAAACACAUGCGUAACAUGUUCCUAGGAACCGCCAUUAUUACUUCGGUGUUAUUUCUCUUGGUUGUUUUCUUUUACCAAGCUGAGCCCCCAACUCCUCCGAGCAAAGCACGACAGAAAUCUCACGAGGCCGGCAAGGAGACGACUUACAUGCAGUCUAUUAACACACUUCUACAUAACAGAAACUUUGUGUUUUUGGUCAUAACUUAUGGCGUUAACGUGGGAUCAUUUUACGCCGUAUCUACUCUACUUAAUCAGAUCGUUCUCUCUGAAUUCCCCGGUGAAGAACAGAUGGUUGGGUUGAUAGGCUUAGCAAUUGUAAUUGCUGGUCUUCUAGGGUCGGCUGUUAUGGGUUACUGGUUGGAUAGAACGCGAACAUACAGGGGUACAACUGUGGUCGUUUAUGUUUUGACUCUAAUUGGGAUGGGAUUCUUUUCGUUUACGCUGUACCUCAGUGAAAUCUGGGUUGUGUUUGGUGUAGCUUCAUUCUUGGGAUUCUUUAUGACGGGUUACCUACCACUCGGGUUCGAAUUCGCAGCGGAACUGACGUAUCCGGAGCCGGAAGGAACAUCAUCUGGGUUACUUAACGCGGCGGCUCAGACGUUCGGGAUUGUAUUUACAAUGUCAAUGGGGGCGCUUGUGUCGAAUAUCAAUGCGCUUGCAGGAAAUCUCUUCCUGUGCAUUGCAAUUUUAAUUGGGACAAUAAUAACAGCAUUCAUAAAGUCUGAUUUACGGAGACAGCGAGCUGAGAACCAGCAGGUGUGUGUACAGAACAGUUGUCAAUCAAAUAAACUGAUGCAUGACUGAUUCUCUUGAUUGUAUUGUCACGUCAUUAUCGUAAAGGUUACGACGGCUAUUGAAGUGACAGAGAAAGAUGGUGGCAAAAAGGAAAGCGCUAUAUAAGUAAUAAGAUUGGUGAAUUAGUAUGCGCUUAACAAAUCCCACUCAAUAUUAAUUUGUUGACAGUAGCAAAUAUUUUCGUUACUGACAAUGUCUAUUCUUACUCAACAACGUUAUAGGCUUUGCUUUCUUUCUUCUUUAUAAUGGGUUUCCUGUCCAGUAGAUAUAGCUGUUCUCCCUACAUGGCCCAUAUUUUAUGCUUUUUCAAAAUGAUGCUUAGGGAGUGGAGUUGUUUUAGAAAAAAUCCUACUCUCACAGGAAUUGAACCCAGAACCCUGGAAUUGAAAUACAAGCAACUUAACCAUCAAGCUACAUCGAUUCCACCAGGGACUGUUCCCUGGUUCCACUUUACUAAUUUUAGCGGUGCUGUUCUAAUUAUGCGAUGUUUGGUGAUAAUAAUUAGUAUAACGCUAUGCUACAUGUUGUACAUGAUGAUCCUUUCUUUGUAUUUAACGCCCAAUAAGGUCAAUAAGGUCAAUAUAACUUCGAAAUUACUUAGAUGCAUUACGUAGCAUAAUGGUAUCCGGUGGUGCAUGUAUUAUUUUUAUUCUACCUUUUUUAAGAGGCUUUUAUUUUCUAUCAGAUAUUCCAUAAGAAUUGGUAAAAUGAAAACGAUUUUUUUUUUUUAAAUAUUCAUAAUUAUUUUGUGGUAACAUAUUUUGACAUUUUUUCAGUCACUACUAGUUCUGAUGAAUAAAAUUAGUCUACUACAAAACAAUAUAAAAUGAACUUCAUACGGAGACUGUACACUGUGUGAGCGAAAGUUAAAGAAUUAAUUUUACAAGUUAGUUUUAAAAGUGCUGCUUUCAUUCCGUUUAUAUUGUUCAAGUUCGCGUUUUUGCGAUUUACGCGUAACAAAAAAAGAUACUAGAAAUACAAGAUAGAGUUCUCCACACAAAUAAUGUGUUCCACCGUGUUCCACCGAAAUGCAUGGUGGGAAUACGAAAAAUGGGACGCCCCCUACAGCUGUAUCUAAAAAAACUUGUGCCAAACUUUCGUUACCAAUUCAUCGCGUAUUUUAUUAUCAAUUCUCAAUUAAAAAAUUGUACACCGCGAUGCGCUAAGGCGACGUACGGUAUUGGAGGGCGUUGCUGUGCAGUAAAUUGCAACACAUCAUAUAAACAGGGUCAUAAUUUAUAUCGAUUUCCAAAGGAUAGAGAAAGGUAAAAUAUUGCAUUGACAUUAAACAAAAAAUUAGCUAUAUAUAUUAUAAAUAUAUAUUAACAUUUUGUUUUUUUAAACUUGACAUAUGAAUUAGCCUAGGCCUAUUGACUUGCAUAGCUAAGAUAUUGAAGAAAAAUAAAUAAAUAAUUAGACUAGCCUAAAAUAAUGAAAAAAGUACUAAAUAUUACUCCUUCGUAUAAUAACGCUAGUAUUGUAUGCAGUUAGUUAUUUAUGAAUGACGUUAAAAUGGAGCUCUUUUGGUAAAGGUAAUUUAAUAAUAUUAAUACAGGUCUAACUCUAAUUACUUAAGACC